UUCUAACGAAUCAGCGGGCAGUAUCGAGCAGCCGUUGGACUGCAAUGGCGGAGACAAUGAAGCUCAGUGGAAAUCACGCUCCUCCUAAUGAAGCCAGCAAAAUGUCCAGCUACAGGGACUGUGUAUGUGCGCUCCUGAAGCUGUUAGCAGACUUCGGGGCAGAGCUCAAAUUAAGUGAUGCUGCUCUGAGAAUAGAAGUCAACAUCGAUGCUGUGGAUCUGCCAUCAUCUCCAGAUGCUCACGUGCUGAGCUGUUUGCAGGAGCAUAUCACUAAAUUACAGGCUGUUUCAGAAAGCUUAAAGAUGCUGGUGGAUGCUCACGCUAAUACAUCAUCUACAAAAGCCAUCACAUCAGACGAUGCCGUCACCUCAUCGUCACUCCAAGAGCAGACGAUUGCACUGUCUGAGCACCAUCCUCCCAGCCCUGAGGCGGCAGAGAGCAAGACGGCGGCUGAUGACGUCAUGGUUCAGAUCAGAGCCAGGAAGUCAGAGAUUGAGCGAAGAAUAUCUGCAUUUAUGGAACGCAAGCAGAUGGAGAUCAAUGAAAACAAUGUACGCGAGUUUUGCAACGUGAUCGACUGCAAUCAGGAAAACAGUUGUGCCAGAACAGAUGCAGUUUUCACUCCUUAUCCUGGUUUUAAAAGCCAUGUGAAAGUUACACGGGUGGUAAACACUUACGGGCCCCAGACUCGUGGUGGAGGAGGCCAAGGAGAGGCAGGGGAUCAGCAGAGGGGGCAGAUGGGCAGAGACUGCGGAAAUACAGCUAUAGAAGAGCGACUUCACAACAUCGAGACUCACCUGAAGCUCCCAACAGCGGGUCCAGUUCCACUGAGUGUGUACCAGAGACUGAAGAGGCUGGAGGAUCGUAUCCUGGAGUUGGAGGGACUCUCACCAGAGUACUUUCAGUCCGCGAGUCACCUGCACAAGCGACCAAAGACAUCCCCUGCUCAGGCCUGCAGUCUGACAGAACUGGAUGAAAAGAUCAGCGCAGUGAAAGCGGCACUACUGAAGAAGGUGAAUGAUUUUGGUCCUGGAUAUGAACCAGAGUGUCCACUGUAACAUACACACACACACCAAUGCUCCAAAUGCACUGUGUCUAUUAAUGCAUCAUUUGUUUCUGUUUGUGUAGCUAUUCAUUAGCACCAUUAUCACAAUAUCUGAUCAGAGACACAGAAACAUUUCAUAUGAGCUUCAUUUCAUGGCCAGAAAAACUGUAAUCCUCUAACUAGUUUUGUAGUUGACUGAAAUAUAAGUAUUCUGUAAAUAAAAAUAUUUUUUCCUUCAUGAAAACUUGGA